CCAGAAGCAGAUAGCCCUGACAUUCAUUGUACGUAGAUUAAUGGCCCUGAAUCAAUGAAGCCUGUAUAUUAGUACUACUAUCUGCUUAUUAUUCCUUUGGCAAUGAUUGUUCAUCAGCUGAAUAUGCAGUUGCACCUCAGGUGGCAUUCGAGUACCUGCAACUUACCUAAAACUGUUUAUAUGGCGUAUAUCUCACCAUAUUGCUGAGUAGGCUUAUUUGAGUUGCUACUUUCGGUCAUCAAAUGGAGCGAGAAAUCUCUUCUCCAAGUCUCACGAGUAGAGGAGGCUCAGAACUUGGAAGCCUCUAUACUAGUGAGACAGGAAUUUAUAUGUCAUCAUUGGCUGCUGCAAUCUUUGUGGCAUCUCUUGUAACGGCUGGGGUUUUACUGACUACCAUUUUAGUUGCCUUGACCAUAAUGUUACAAGACUGUCAAAGUAAGAGUGCUGGCAUUGUUGAAUUAUGGAAACAUAGCGAUGACUACAUUCAGUGUCAGAUGUCUGCUCUUCAUGCGGAGCUCAACAGCCUUGGGGCAGAAUCUGUUCCUCACAAUUGUAAACAUGUUGCUGUUCAUUAUAUCAAGACGGGCCAAUACAUGAGAGAUUUAAAUUUUACGGCAGCUUUGGUUGAGGAUUACCUGAACUGUGCAAAACCAGUUAUUAGUGGUCUUGAUGUGGUAUUGAUGGAUGCAGAUGAUAUCAUUCAAUUAUAUUCUCGCCAAGACAAUUUGUCACAGCCCCGGAAAUCUAUAUGGAGUGAUCCGAUUGAAGAGGCAAAAUUUCUUAAACAAGUGUUUUCUCGACAACUGUACAUGAAACUGCAUGUGGGUGGCUGGCCUUUAAUUUUGUUCUCAAGGAAGUCCGAAAAGCUAAGGAAGAUCACCGAGGAGCGCCUCAUUUCAGCUGGAUAUGUUAAUUGGUCUUCAUUAAUUAUGAGACUAGAUGAGGAAAUGCCAAUGAGUAAUAGCGAAUAUAUCUCCGGACGAAGGAAUCAAUUGGAAAGACAGUGCUUUCGAAUCAAGGCUGUGAUUAGCAGCCGGAUGGAUGCUUUAACGGACCCUUCUAUGAGAUCCCGUGCUUUCAAGAUCCCGACACCAUUCUAUUUUAACACACUGCAGCAUAUCGAAGUCUUAUAAACGUUACCGUCAUUACCAAGGAUGUUUGGGGAGGUCAUUUGUUUGUCCACCACCAUCUAUAUGUACCUCAUUGCUGGUGGCAUAUACUUCUUCGAAGAUAGCUGUACCAUCUUGAAUUACUAUAUUUGUGCAUAAAAGUUUGAUCAUUUUGUUAAGGGCUUGCUUGCCCUGAGCUCACCCGCAGGCGGUUACCUAAGGCUAAAAGAAAUUUUGGUACAAUUGCAGGGCGAUUUUUGUGAA